GCGAGAUCGACAUCGACUGUUGACGGGUCAGUGCUGCUGCAGCAGCAGGUGCAUCACCGAGUGAGAGGUGCAUCGACUUCGAAGCCUAUAUGUCGAGGCUGACGGGUCUUCUCGUGUGAGUUCAAAAUAACGGAGGUCCAUACAACGAACACCUGUUUCCUGUUCCUCGCGCGAUGUCGUCCGUCGCCCGCAUCAUUCCCGCAACAUCAAGGGUCGCGCGUCGCGCGGGUUAGAGCAACCUGGUGUCACGGUCUUCACGAUACGUCAAGCUCUCUCCCUCAUCCUAGUCCCGUGCACAUCUGUACGGGCGAAUGUGACUGCAAUACAGGCGCGAGCGACAGAACCACGGACCUCGCUGGUGCGAUACGUCAACGUAAGAUGGAUCCAAGGGGCCCUCCUGAGGGGGCCCCUGCCGAGUCCUUCGAGAUAUCCAGCAUCGACAGGGGAGCUGACACCUUGGUGAAUUGGCCUACGGAUCACCCCUUCGCCACGUCACUAUACGAACAACCGAAGAAGCUUAACAACAGGCUCUUGUUCCUGACUGUGGAAUAUGUGGAAGAUCAAUCCCGGCUGUUUCCAACGUACGAGCAGAUCUCCUUUUCUCCGAGAGCAGCAUCCCCCUUAUCUGAGUUUGAGCAUCGAGUCAGCCCACUGGAUCCAAAUAUGAGCUCUGCCGCUAGAUACUCCCCUACACCAGUUCAGUUACCUUCCUCUCCUUUUCACAAUUCCGUUGUUGUGCUCCAAGGCCCAUCUUCACCCUUGAUGUCCCAGCCUGAACCAAACAUACGGACGAGCAUCAAUUAUGUGACUCAAUUGGCUCAACCAAUUGAUACUCAGACUGUACCUCAAACAGAUACUACCACAGACUUUGUUGGCAAUGGAAACGAAGAUGGAUUAGUAUCCAGCGUCAGCAGUGAAUUGAUUUUAAUGCAGGAAACUGCACCCGAGUUGGAAUCUUCGGCGACUCCCUUAAUGCUAACGGGAAUACCAGGCACAGACUUCGCUUUGACUAGAGACUUUUUGGUGAUGCAAGAUGAUCAAAUAAAUGUUAUCAACACAUUUAAAAAUCAGAAUAUGGAGAUGGAAGACAAUCCUAUUGCUCUACCAUCUAUUACCGAAGAUGCAAAUAAAGAAAACAACAAUCUUACUUUGUCCGAGUCUUGUGAUAAAGAAAUUCAACAGAUUACCAAAGAACCACUGUCCACUGAGAAGAAGAAAAUAGUUGAGAAAAAAGAUGUUAGAAGAUCCAAACGGCAUAUAAUGGAUAAAAAAGAUUUCUGCAUUUUUACAGGGUGCGACGACGAAUACGACAGUAAUUGUGCCAAAGAUGAUAGCUCCAAUUUAACUGAUGUAUGCACAAUCGCAGAUCAACCUGUACCAUCGCGUGCUGUAGCGACACUGCCAGGAUCAUAUCUUUUGUUAAACAAGCUAUCUACUUUGCAUGCUGCAGCGAAUGGCGUGACCUACGGGGUUUUUGCGAAACGCAAUAUUCGAAGGCGUACACAAUUUGGACCUAUAGAAGGUAUAUUGUGUGCUUACGACGGCUCAUCUUUCGAAAAUACUUUGCCACUGCUCUACGAAACUGAAAAUGGAGAAUUUCUGAAAGUAGAUGUUUCCAACGAAAAUACUUCAAACUGGAUGCGUUUUGUGCGGCCCGCACUGACAUAUAAGGAACAAAACUUGAUUAUUUGUCAGCAGAAGGAUGGAAUAGUGUUUCUGACUAAUAGAAAUAUUUCACCAAAGGAAGAGCUAAAGGCUGGUCCUAGUCAAAAUUAUGCGAGUCGGAGAAAUUUGCCAAUACUCAAACCAGACAUGAAAGAUGAAAAAGCGGAAGUCACCAAUCAAAUAUCCACAUGGCCACGUUUGGAUGGUAAUUCUUAUAACCGACGCAUAAAAAUGUUUCGUGACGGAAAUGUGAAAGAAAAGGAGAACUCACGGCAAAAUAAAUGCGACAACGAAUGGAAAUGUUCCGUGUGCAACUUGAUUUUCAGAAACUCAUCUUUGCUUAACUUACAUAUGGUCAUUCAUUCUUCCACUGAUAUCAAAAUUGAGAAUCAAAUGUCCGCGUGUCCGCAAUGCGGACUGGAAUUUCAGAAGCCGAGCGAAUUGGUGAAUCACGUGUCUCAGCAUGGGCGAACAACGUUACCUAAGGCAAAGAAAUUAACUCCUCUAGGCUCAUACAAGUGUUCAAUGUGUUACAAACGUUUUGCUACGAAGAUACGGUUACAACAGCACUGCUUGGCGCAUGGUGCUGAGGACCAAAAACCACUGCCAUGCAGUAUUUGCUUGAAACGUUUUAUGAACAAUUCCGCGUUGUCCGGUCAUCUAAAAACGCAUAAAGAAAACAAACAGAUAUUUGAAUGCCCAAUGUGCAGGCAGCUAUUUCGUCAAGGUACGAUGCUCAAAGAUCACGUUGAGACACACAGAAAUCAAGACGGUAUAUUCAGUUGCCCUCACUGCCAGCGAACAUUCAUCAAAUAUUCGGUUAUUCGCAAACACAUACGGGCACAUCACUGCGAGAGGAAGCACAAGUGUCAACAUUGCGCGAAACGUUUUCCGACGGUCGACAAAUUGCGAAUGCAUCUGCUGAAACACUCUGAUCACAGAGAAUUCCAUUGUGCGAAUUGUGGUAAGCGGUUCAAGAGGAAGGAUAAAUUGAAGGAACACAUGACUAAAAUACAUCAUUCUCAAACGGUUAACGGAGAACAAGUAAUGCAAAAUAAUCAAACGAAGAAAUUUGUGCCAAAGGUAAAUCCAAAUGAUUACAAUCGUUUUGUUUACAAAUGUCAUCAAUGCCUGGUGGGUUUCAAACGGAGGGGAAUGUUGGUGAAUCACCUAGCAAAACGGCAUCCCGAUGUCGCUCCCGAAUCUGUGCCAGAAUUGAACUUACCGAUCCUGCGUCAAACCAGAGACUACUAUUGCCAAUAUUGCGACAAGGUUUAUAAAAGUAGCAGCAAACGUAAAGCACACAUCAUGAAGAAUCAUCCUGGCGCUGCCCUGCCGCCUAGUAAUCGACACAAAGAGUCCGAAUUCUCAGGACUGCCAAAUCCAAGCUUCAGCCAAACAGUAGGCAGCAUCACAACUAGUCCUCAAGGUUGCCAGUGGUGUCAUAAACAAUAUGCCAGCAAGGCAAAGCUCUUGCAACAUCAACGCAAGAAACACGCGCACCUGAUGGAGCCAGCGGAUCAGAUACCGCGAUCGCGGAAUCGGCCGCCGCAAAAUCAAAAUCAACCACCCGAGCUGAAUGAUAACAACUUUGUGAUAUCUGAUUACAUACAAGGAUGCGACGGAGAUUUCCUAAAGCAGAAAAUAAUGAAAAUAACAGACGACGUUGAUCUGAUAGGCAACGGUGGCCUGGAAAUGAUCGGUCAGCAGUUUGUGCGUAUGCGCGACAUACGUUGAGAAAAAGCGCAGCAUCCUCGACACGGGGGAUGAGCGUCGCAAAUUUAUCGAGAUAUGAAUCUCGCGAUCUUUGUACGUAGCCAAGAUAGGCUGCGUUUUUUUGCUGCCGUUACCAAAUCGAGGCGACGUCGCUUGAACGGAGCGAUAAAGCAUGUCGCCCGAGAAUAUUUGGGAAUACGCGGCUUUGUCAGCGUCAGUGCGAAACACUGAGCGCUGUUUUGUUGGUUGAUCUAUCGACAAUGAUGACGGUUAUCGACGGUUAUAGCCUAGUGGCUUUGACGGAUUUGUUGGAAAUGGAGUAUGCAAUUUUAAGAAUACUUUACCCGAGCCUCAAAAAAGAAAACGCCUAGAAACGUUAACUGAAAACGUCAACGAGGCUCGAAUCUACUUGCGACGGAGAACAUUGUAGUCUCGUACAAUUGUUGAGAUCUUUUCUUGAAGUAUUAAGAAUACCGUAAAGAGAAAAAGAAAAAAAAAGGUAGAACAAGUCCUGGUACUAUCGGCACGCCAUUUACGCUAGGCCUGGUAGUUUUACUUUUAAAUCCGAUGUCAUUCGAGUGUGAAGUAGAUGGACGAAAUUUAAGCGACAAGUUAAAGUAAUGUUAAAAAAAAUCAGCUUAAAUCUGGCGGCGGACAGGUCCGCUGCAUCUUAGACCAGCGUGACUUUAUCCGCACGAUAAUGUGAUUGGACGAGUAAUGUUAAAGAUUCGUUAUUUGCAACGUAUUUGGCUUCACUUAAUGGCGAGCGAUUGUCUGUAGAUUACGUGAAAGCUUGCGAUCUCUGCGAGAAAUCGUCCAUUUCACUUUUGCUCUUUCUCUCUUUCUCUAUCGUAAUUCCGAGAUCUCGUAAACGCUUGCGUCCAUGUUCUCAUUUUAGAAUAAUAUACAAGUAACAUACGCGUUCUUAGAUCUUCAACGGAACAUACUGUUUUCACGUAAUCGUUUCAUAAUCGCUGGUCUCAUCCACGUAUGAAUCUAGUCGUCACAGCCGAGGCUUGUUUGAAUCGUCGGCUCGCGAGAUGUCCGGUUUUAAAUCGACGCACGGUACCGUAGUUACGUAGCCAUGGGGGACUUUUAUUGCCCUCGCGAUUUUACGAAACAGCAGGAGCAACGUACGUGUAUUUUAAACUGUGUAUUCCUGGCCGCGCGUUCACUCACACGUAAGCACACGUACACCACGAGUUUCUGCAAAAGAUUGUCCAAAGAUUGUGUAUUCCGCAACGUGUCUGAAUUCGGAAUAAUUGUGUCCUCUCGUAAAAUCCUAUCCGGUUGAUGUAUGUCAUUAAGUAAAACUCGCACGAACAAUUUUCACACUCAGAGAAAUUCACCGACGAAACGAUCGAAGCGACGUUGAUUUUAUUUUACAUGCGGUAUAUACACGACAUUGUUGCAAUUACGAAGACAGGAGAUUGCAUGUUUGUCGAUGUCGUUGAGUACACGAAGGACUGUACUAUAAACAAGAUUUAAAUAAAGUUAUUCGAUGAGCGA